ACACACAUAUUUUCUUUACCUUCAUAUCAACAUCCAAAAUUCAAAUCGCAGCAAUGAGUACAGAUGAGAUAACUAUUAGUUCCCUCGAGGAGCUGGCAAGUGCCACAGAAGUUGAAGAAGAGAAAAUAAUAAGCGUAAUGGACCCUAAAACAAAAGCCAUGAUAGCCAGAAGCUUAUCUAAAAAGGAUAAUAAAACGUGGGAACCCCUACCGGAAUGCCCUUUAGAGGAAAUGGGCUUCGCAGCUGACAAGGAUGACAUCGAGUUCGAGUUCGGCUGCAAAAAAGGAUUCAUGAUCAACGGCUUAUCCCAUUUGUUGGAAAACAAAAUAUGCACCGAUGUGCUGGUUCAUGUGGGAAAUAAGGCUUUCCCCUGCCACAUGGCGCUGUUGCAGUCGUGCACGGGUUACUUUAAGAAGUUGACCGACAUAUAUGAAGUGAGCCUGGGCACCGAUCAUGUCACUCAGAAAGGUUUCGAGUUGGCCUACGAGUGGAUGGUCAAUGCGAAGGCCCAACCGCAGCGUCAACACAUUAUUGAGCUCUAUCUGACCGCCAAAAACCUGGAAAUGCCGGAACUAUUGGACCACAUCUGGAGUCGCCUGAACAAUCCCAAGUUGCUGAAUGGAUUGGAAGCGUAUAAGCUGUAUUUGGAGUGCUUGUCCUUGGAUGUGCCCGUGUUGCAAGAACUGAUGCUGGAACGCAUCGGCAACUAUUUUCUUUUCGCCGUUGCCACGAAGGAAUAUCUUGAAUUGGAGCCAAAGCACGUAUUAGAGCUGAUCAGUAACAGAAAUAUGUGUGUGAACUCCGAGAUGGAGAUGUUUAUGUGCGCCGUGAGGUGGUUGUUCUACAAUUGGUGCGAUCGAAAGGAGUUUGCUGUUUCGAUAAUGCAGGCCAUUCAGUUCGGUGCGAUGCCAUCUUGGUACACCACCGUACUUAAAUCCAAGCAAACGGAUAAGGAGUUCCAGGAGCUGCUGGACCUGCCGGAAAUCAAGUCGAUGAUCAACAUGGGCCUUUCCUUCUCCGUAACCAACAACUUUCUGGAGCCCAGGUCCCCGCUAUACGAGCCACUCCAUAUGCAAAAGCAUUUGAGGGAACGUCAGUGGAUCUUCUGUCGGGAUGUUCCACAUCACCACAGAUACGAGUGCCCCCAUUGGCGCUUCUUGGACGUGGACGCCUUCAACGAGUUCAUGGAGCACAUAAUCCGUGCAGCUUAUCGAUUUGUUCCCUCCCUGGAGUACGUGAAGUCAGGACAGCUGAUGUCCUGCUGCCACGAAGCCCUGCAAAAGAAGGCAUUAAAUUAAUAAGCCAAUA